CGGAGGGGGACUGUCCACUGGUCGCCGCGGAGAGGCGUGCGAGGCCGAGUCGAGCCCCGACGACCCUGCUGCCCCGGCCCGGCCGCCAGCCACGGGCUGGUCUCUGGCAGCUGCAGCUGCGCGGCGACCCCCAUCCCUCCGGCUCCGCUGCCCACCCCACCGCCCGCAGUCUUCCUCCUCUUGCUGCACGCCCGGCCCGGCCUGGCCGUGGCCCUCCUCGGUGCCGGCCGCCAUGGCAGAGGCGUCCGGCGCGGGGGAAAUCUAGCCCGGGGAUUUCAUGCGGCCUAGCUUGGUUCCGCCUCCUGCCCCCGCGGCCCCGGCGGCUGCCUGCACCCCAGCCCUACUCCGGGCCUCCGUGUGUCUCCUGUGAUCGUACUGACACGGCCGGGGGGUUAGAAUGGAACAAAGUGAAGGCCCGAUGAGAGAAAGGGAAAGUUAAGGAUGCUGGAGCAGAACAAUGGAUUUCUCUUUCUCUUUCAUGCAAGGGAUCAUGGGAAACACAAUUCAGCAACCACCUCAACUCAUUGACUCCGCCAACAUCCGUCAGGAGGAUGCCUUUGAUAACAACAGUGACAUUGUUGAAGAUGGUGGCCAGACACCAUACGAAGCUACCUUGCAGCAAGGCUUUCAGUACCCACCUACAACAGAAGAUCUUCCUCCACUCACGAAUGGCUACCCAUCAUCGAUCAGCAUGUACGAAACUCAAACCAAAUACCAGUCCUAUAAUCAGUAUCCCAAUGGGUCGGCCAAUGGCUUUGGUGCAGUUAGAAACUUUAGCCCCACUGACUAUUACCAUUCAGAAAUUCCAAACACAAGACCACAUGAAAUUCUGGAAAAACCUUCUCCUCCACAGCCACCACCUCCUCCUUCAGUACCACAGACUGUGAUUCCAAAGAAGACUGGCUCACCUGAAAUUAAACUAAAAAUAACCAAAACUAUCCAGAAUGGCAGGGAAUUGUUUGAGUCUUCCCUUUGUGGAGACCUUUUAAAUGAAGUACAGGCAAGUGAGCACACAAAGUCAAAGCAUGAAAGCAGAAAAGAAAAGAGGAAAAAAAGCAACAAGCAUGAUUCAUCUAGAUCUGAAGAGCGCAAGUCACACAAAAUCCCCAAAUUAGAACCAGAGGAACAAAAUAGACCAAAUGAGAGGGUUGACACUGUAUCAGAAAAACCAAGAGAAGAUCCAGUACUGAAAGAGGAGCUCCCGGUUCAGCCGAUGUUACCUUCUGUUCCAACAACAGAAGUGUCCGCUGGUGUUAAGUUCCAGGUUGGCGAUCUUGUUUGGUCUAAGGUGGGAACCUAUCCUUGGUGGCCUUGUAUGGUUUCAAGUGAUCCCCAGCUCGAGGUUCACACCAAAAUUAACACAAGAGGUGCCCGGGAAUAUCACGUCCAGUUUUUUAGCAACCAGCCAGAGAGGGCGUGGGUUCACGAAAAGCGGGUCCGAGAGUACAAAGGUCACAAACAGUAUGAAGAACUACUGGCCGAGGCGACCAGACAAGCCAGCAAUCACUCGGAGAAACAGAAGAUUCGGAAACCCCGGCCUCAGAGAGAACGUGCUCAGUGGGAUAUCGGCAUUGCCCACGCAGAGAAAGCGUUGAAAAUGAGCCGGGAGGAAAGAAUCGAACAGUAUACUUUUAUCUACAUUGAUAAACAGCCUGAGGAGGCUUUAUCCCAAGCAAAAAAGAAUGUUGCCUCCAAAGCCGAAGUUAAAAAAACCCGAAGGCCAAGAUCAGUGCUGAAUACUCAGCCAGAACAGACCAGUGCAGGCGAGACGGCCUCCUCACUAUCAGGUACUGAAAUUCGGAGACACAGCCAGAGGCGGCACACGAGCGUGGAAGAGGACGAACCACCUCCCGUUAAAGUAGCCUGGAAAACGGCAGCUGCGAGGAAAUCCUUACCAGCUUCCAUCACAAUGCACAAAGGGAGCCUGGAUCUGCAGAAGUGUAACAUGUCUCCAGUUGUGAAAAUUGAACAAGUGUUCGCUCUUCAGAAUGCUACAGGAGAUGGGAAAUUUAUCGAUCAGUUUGUUUAUUCAACGAAGGGAAUUGGUAACAAAACAGAAAUAAGUGUCAGGGGACAAGACAGACUUAUAAUUUCUACACCAAACCAGAGGAAUGAAAAGGCAACUCAGAAUAUGUCAUCUCCUGAAACAACAUCUGGUCCUGCAGGCUCAGUAGAAAAGAAGCAACAGAGAAGAUCCAUUAGAACCCGUUCCGAAUCAGAGAAAUCCACUGAGGUCGUGCCAAAGAAGAAGAUCAAAAAGGAGCAGGUUGAAACAGUUCCUCAGGCUACAGUGAAGACUGGAUUACAAAAAGGGUCGGCGGACCGGGGAGUGCAGGGCUCUGUCAGAUUCAGUGACAGCUCCGUCUCCGCAGCGAGUGAGGAAACUGUGGACUGAGAUUCCUGUACAAUUUCAUCCCAGAAACUCCAGACUUGUAGUCUCCAUGCAAGAUUUCUUUGUCGGCGGCUCGAUAAACAGUUUCUUUGUUUUCAAUUUUGAUUUUGCCAAUCAUCAUUAUUGGCAUUUUCCUGCCUGGUUUCUUUUUCAAGACUC